GCGCGCCGCCAGCUCAGCACUCACUCAGCAGCACAGUCACAGUAGGCAGGCGGCAGUCGGCGCGAGCUGUGCAAGCUCGUUGGACGUGUCGCGUGUGCGUGUGCUGCGUCUCAUUCGCAGCGACGGAGCAGCAAGUGCUGCCGCGCCCUUCCUGUUGUAUCCGACCCAUUGUAUUCACCGGCGAUUCUUUAACCCACACGCACCUUCUCAGCUUCUUCGCUACACUUGCUCGAUGGAGCCUGUGCCUGGGACGCCCUGCUUCAAUGUGGUGCGAGAUGGGGUGCAGGGGAGGUGCGGAGUUGCAACGCGCCGCAUUCUCGCCGGGUCAGUUAUCGUGAGCGAGGCGCCUCUGGUGAUUGCACCCAGCGCGCCGAGCAAGGAUGGUUGCGUGACAUGCCUCGGCUGCUGCAUUGUCGUCGCUGAGUCCAGGCGCAGGCUGUGUGCAGGUUGCAAUGGGCCUCUCUGCAGCACUGGCUGUGAGCAAAGCCCGUUUCAUCUCGACGAGUGCAAAGCGAUGCGCCAUUCAGGAUCUCGCUUCAACCCUUCCUUCUCGCCCACCGAGUACACUUUACUGGGAUUCCUGAGGGUGCUGCUGCUGCGUGGAGAAGAGGCGCAGCGCUGCCGUCAGCUCGAGUCUCACAAGGACAAAAUGAGAGCGGACCCCAAGAUCCGCUGGCAGAUGGACGUACUGGCUGUGCAGCUUCUGCCUUGCAUAGCAGCUUUUUCCCUGGAACAACGCUGCUGGGCCUUUGGAGUCAUGGAAACCAACUGCUUUUCGUACAGUGAGCGCCUAAGCGGGCGGAAGGCCUUGGUUCUCAUGGACAGGAUCUCCAUGUUCGGACACUCCUGCGUGUGCAACGCGUUCGGCAACUGCUACUUUCUACCCGAGGGGGCGACAGGGCCGACCGCCCUGCUGGGCUUGCGGAAGGUGCUGGUGGCAGCCACAGACAUAGAGCCAGGAGAGGCCAUCACCGUCAACUAUACCCAUCCUCAUUUACCCACGCCAAAGCGACGCGCCGAGCUGCUUCAGACGAAGUUCUUUAGGUGUCGCUGCCGCCGCUGUGAGGACCCCGCUGAACUCGGGCUGCACUCUGGCGCCCUCUGCUGUGAGGCCUGCAUGGGCCGCGCGCAGAUGCAGUUGCCUGUUCCUCGUCGCCCAGAAGACCCACCAACAUCAUGGAGAUGCCCAACAUGCAGCCAACCUAUGGAUCGGUCUGUCCAAGCUUCUAUGUGGGUGUUCGACCAGCUCGAGUCAGCAGUAUUCGCUGGCCAGACGCGAGGUGAUAUUGGGGCGCUGGAGGCGUUCUUGCACGACCACGUCUACCCGCGCGGCCGCCUGCACCCUACCCACGAACUUGUUUUGGAUGCCAAGUACGCGCUCGUGACGCAGAUGUACGGCCAUCUGCCGGGAUUUAACGUGCAAGAUCUGAGCGGCAAGCAGCUCAAUCUAGUCAGUGGUCACUGCCGUGACUAUCUGCAAGCGGCGGCUAUUGCGGAGCCUGGUUACUGUCUUCGAAUGGCUCGUGUCAAUGUGAUGCUGAACCGCGCCCUUGUAGAGAUUGUGAAGCGGACUGCUAAAUUACCUCCCGCUCAGCUGGCUCUGGCAAGGAUGGAAGAAGCGGAAAGAUGCCUCCAGCUGGUUGAUGUAGCCUUUCGCUACAGCACCGAUGAGAAGCCUCUGUUGUCGGAGCUUCGGCAUCAAACAGAAUACGUUCGAACCAUGCUGGAUUUGCUGCCUAUCCUCACGAUUUCCUAAACAUGAUUCUACUUUGAUUUGAAAAAACUGUUCUACAUUUUAGACAGAAAAUUAAAUGGUUUAAAUGUG